GCCCGUGCGGGUCCGCAAGGGCCAGAUCGAGGCGGCAGCGAGGUGGCUGCACGGAGAGCCCGGCUGGGGAAGGCUUCAUGCUCCCGGCUCAGAGCGUCCCCGGCCAGGUGCUGCUUUUCUGAAGUUGCUCACCGGGGCUUCUCAGCAUUGCUGCAGAAAUAAAUAGGUGAGGCCUCUGGCCGCUAGGACUUCCCACUCCGUAUGAAUGCCGCCAGCCCCGGACCGGGACCUCAGUGCUUCUGCCGCCUCUGACCGCGGGACUAAACAACCCUUGCCGCUACUUCCUUUCUGGGCCCCUUCGCAUCUCACCGCUGUCUUUCUGGAUUGAUCUCGUGGAUUCCUGUUUCACCCUCCCACCGUGAACGUCAAUAUGUGUCAUGUCAUUGUCACCUGCCGCUCAAUGCUCUGGACCCUCCUGAGUAUCGUAGUGGCCUUUGCUGAGCUCGUCGCCUUCAUGAGCGCAGACUGGCUGAUCGGGAAAGCCAAGACCCGCGGAGCCGGCGCCGGCGCCGAGGCGGCAGGCACUGACUCGGAGCCCUACUACCUGGGCAUCCUUUGCAUCCGCACGCCGGGCAUGCAGCAAGUCCCUCGAGACACACUGUGCGGGACUUACGCCAAGAGCUUCGGGGAGAUCGCCAGCGGUUUCUGGCAAGCCACUGCUAUUUUCCUGGCCAUGGGGAUCUUCAUUCUCUCCGUGGUGGCCUUGGUGUCCGUCUUCUCGAUGUGCGUGCAAAGCAUCAUGAAGAAAAGCAUUUUCAACGUCUGCGGGCUCCUGCAGGGAAUUGCAGGUCUUUUUCUCAUCCUCGGCCUGAUACUCUACCCUGCGGGCUGGGGCUGCCAGAAAGCCAUAGACUGUGGGCGGCAUGCAUCUCCCUACAAACCUGGAGACUGUUCCCUGGGAUGGGCCUUUUAUACGGCCACUGGGGGCACGGUGCUCACGUUCAUCUGUGCCGUCUUCUCCGCACAAGCAGAGAUUGCAACCUCCAGCGACAAAGUCCAGGAAGAAAUUGAAGAGGGGAAGAACCUGGUCUGCCUGCUGUAGUCUGGAAGACGUGAAUGCCGCCGUUACCUUUCCUUAUGACCUGUGACACAGUCUUCGCCAUUUGCAUCAAGUGAAGAACCAGUCUUGACCUAGCAGAGCCACACUCCACAGCCCAGGCCCUCGUGGGAUCAGCGAGUUCUUGCACAUGCAGGCUGCAGUGCACAUAAGGAGACCAGACAAGGACAUGCGUAGCCUGACUGCGGAGUCCCUCAGACUCUGUCUCCCCAGGGCUCUAUGAAGGACAGUGGUCUGACUCAGCAAGGCAGGCAGCACUCUCCUGGUAGCAGAGAGGCCAGCCAGCCUCAGGGUGGUUUAAGGCAGAUUUCUGGCUCAGAGCCGUGUGUCUAUGACCAUCUCAGGAUGCAGGCUGGAGUGGUGUCUGUUUUCUCCUAGUUCUUUCAAGUUCUUUCAACUGGAGACUGAGAGGAAGACUACAGACUGCUGGCAGCGGGCGGGGUGCAUGCUGAGGUUGCAGCACGACACCAGUUUGCUCAGCAGACCAAGGGCUCAGUGGGGACAGUAUAGACUCUCGCGGUGGAGCUGCUCCAGUCUGAGUUUAGACAGUCAGCCUACUGCCUAAACUAGCCCCUGCUCCUUGCAGUUAGUUUUCUCCUGGGGUUGGGGUUGUGCAUGGCUGCCCAGGGAAACCUCAGUGUUCUUCCUUCCCAAGGACAGUGGCCUCCAGAGCAGCUGGGGCUCAUGCAGAUGUUCACAGGGAGGGGCUGCCAGAACCCCAGCCUUUGCAGGGAGGACUUUGUUUGGUGACUGUGCUGUAUAGCCAGCUGGCUUCCAGUCCCUCUGGCAUUCUUUGCAGAGAAAGCAGGAGCUACCAUGAAAGUUUCUAUAGCCUCUGGUGUUGGUCCUGACAGCAGACCAGGUGAUACUCAAUCACUGCCACUGCCAACUUGCAUCAAAAAUCCCACCCCAGGAAAGCACAGCACAAAGUCAGGGGCUGGACCAGGCUCAGACACCUACCUGCCAAGGAUGCUUAGAACAGUCACCAAAUACCACUACUAAAAAGGACUCAGGGCUUUUAAUCCAGUUUCCACAAAUUAUCCAUAUAACCAAAGUAGCCAGAAAUACCAGAGUCUGGCAAUAUAUAAGCCUUGCAGAUAGAGACCCUCUGCAACAGUGGAAGUGGAGUGAGGACCCUUUUGGUUUUAGAGAUGUUUCCACUAAGGGCGUUGUCCUAAAAGUUAAAUAGUUAAGCACCUUCUACUGGCAAGUGUUUGCUGAAUACAACCACGUAUACAACCCUGAUUCAGAUUUUACAACCUUGCCCCAGUGAAUCACUUAGACCUAUGUCAGAAGCCUUGGUCCAGAGCAACCACCUCAUAUACAGGUGGGCUGGGCCCACUGGGCUUCAUUACAGUUCAUUUGUCCUUUGGUCUAUCCCAGAAACCAUCCCAUCUCUCAUGAAGAGGAAGGUUAGGGAGGACGGGUUUUGAAUCAGAUCCUAAGUUUUGAACCAGUGUUCAAAAUAAGCAAGGUGGAGAUCCUGUGGCUUCUUUAGGAGAAGGGGGAACCCUAAGCAGCCCUGGGAAGACUCCGGAAGCAGGACCAGAUCACUAAGGGCACGCAUGGCCAUACAGCAUGUGGACAGGCUCUUGUCCUUCGCUGCGUGUUUGAAAUGCCAGCACAGUUGCUGUGUUUCCAGCCUGGGCAAUAUUUGGCAUGAAAACUGUGACAAGAAUACUUUGUUUUCCUUGAUCUUAACCAGAUAAAAUUUUAGGUAUUUUGAAUACAACCUACUCCUAAACCAGGAUCCUGUACGAACGCCCACGACCUGCUCCUUGGCUAAGGUGGCAGUGGACCAUAUAAACCUGGUAACAGUCACAAAUGAAAGAAAUGUGGCCUCUCUGCCAGACUAAGUUACUUAACAGUGUUUUUCACUAAUUUAAACAUUAGAGAAGACCCCCCGCAAAGGGGCACCAAUGAAAUGCUAUGCUAUAGAAAACUACCUAAAUGCUGACUCAGUGGAGCAGAGGGAGAAAAGAUGAUGUCCAGCAACUGAGACCUUCAAAUUAAUACACAGACUUCUGCAAGGAAGGAAAGGGUAGAGUAAAACUGUCAUUAAAAGCCACUUACUUUUCUAGUAAUAGGUCCAUUACUAGUACAGGAAAAGUCUUUCUUUGCCUGCAUUUGUGCUCGGCCUCUCAAUGAACGCUAAAGCAGAAAUAUGUGGAGUCUGUGGAUUCUUUAAACCUGUGUGGUAAUUCAACAGCAUUACAUUAACUGUGGAAGGGUUUCUGUAUAGUUCUCAAGCAUCUGUGUGUAAUGAGUGGUCUUUGUUAAACUUGUAUUCUGUAAAGUGCCAUAGUCUUUUUAUGUGUAGCAUAUUUAAAUAUGUAUAUCACAUACACAAGUUUAUCUGAAAGAUGUGCAAUAACAAAGGUGUAUGUAUGUUUUGUUUGGGGAAACUGGACAUGCUUCAAAAUAGGGAUGUUUCUGUUUUGCAAAGGAGAACUAGACAUACUUGCCUUCGUGGCUAGCCACUAGUCCAUAACAAUUUUAAUGCUACACAAACCUUAUGUGAAGAAAAGACUGGUGUGAACUCAUUUUUCCUGGGUCUAAAUAAACAUGAUCACUAUAUUCAUGGAAGGCCCAGUCAAUGCUAGUCUUUGAUGUAAAAUGUGAAGCUGCCAUGUUGCCUUUUGUGUUAGCCUGAUAAGCAGGAGCUGGCAUAGACUAAGAAGCUCUUCUGAAUGUGCUUUGUAGACUGCGAACGCGUGGCCGCUAUACUAAAGGGCUAGUCUCACACCUUCUUAGCCAUAAGAGUCUGGCGUAGGACAGACCAUCCUGUGCAAUAACAUGUGGCUGCUAGAAAUCCCGGGCCUGCACUUGUGUUUAGGGGAACAGAGACUCCCAAGGCCCCAGGAACUCAAGGAAUGAGUGGGACUUGAGACUGUGGGGAAACUCCUGUAGCGGAGGGGUCCUGAGGUGCUGUGAAGGAGCUCAGCACAGCUGGAUGUUCAAUAGCCACUUGAGCCAAAUAUAAAGUUGUACUUAGAGCUGAUGGACUCAGUUGAAGCCUUCAUGUGUGGUUACCCUGUUCUAUUGUAAACUAAUACAUUGUUUGUCUAGCAUUGACGAGGAUUCUGUACAUAGGGUUUCACAGUGUUCUCCCUUUUCCCCUUGAGAUCUGAAUUAAAUCAGAUUUUGCAAACU